AUGUUAUUUGAGCUCCUUGAUAGUAAGAUUGAGGAGAUUGGAGAGGAGAAUGUGGUUCAAGUGGUCAUUGAUAAUGCUUCCAAUCAUGUUGCUGCUGGAAGGCAUACUCGUCUUCUUGAAGCUAUGAGGGUACAUACAAGAGGAGCAGACUUAGUGAGGGCUGAAGCAACCAGAUUUGCAUCUUCAUUUUUAACACUUCAGAGUUUAUUGAAACAUAAGGAUAAUUUGAGAAAAUUAUUUCUUUCUGAUCACUGGGACAAUUCUAAGUUGUCACAUACAGAGGCAGGGAAGCAAAUUGUUGAAAUAAUUCUUUUCACACCUUUCUGGAAUGAUGUGCAAGAUUGCUUGAGAGCAUCAUUGCCUCUUAUUCAAGUAUUGAGGAUAGUAGAUGGAGAUGAGAGGCUUGCAUUGCCUGAAAUGGAGCGACCAAUAUAUUUGGCUGUAUUUCUCCUCAAUCCAAGCAAGUACUUUAGUGCAAUUGAGAAGGAAUCAGAUGAAUCUAUAGUCAACUCCUUGAUGCAUAAAGCAAAUGAUGCCUUUAAUGAUAUUCUUACAAGGAUGGUGCCUGAUACAACCUUGCAAGACAAGAUCAGUGCAAAAUCUGCUGCUUAUACUGGAAGUAAUGGAAGUUUUGCAAAGGAGAUGAUUCACACCAAGAAGAGGAAUAUGUUAGAGCAUCAACGUUUAAAUGAUCUUGUCUACAUCCAGUAUAAUCGCCGUCUUCAAGUAAGGUUCCAAGAGAAAAGAGAACAAUCUAGAAAUCCUAAUCCACUAGUGCUUGAUGAUCUAGAUUGGAGUAGUGAGUGGAUGACUGGCAUAUCAGAUGAUGAAUUAGUUCAUCCUGGGGAUGAUCUCACUUGGAGAACUGUAUCAACAGUUUCUGGAGCAUCUUCAUUGUUUCAUGGCACUAAUAGAGUAAGGAGGUCUGGACCAUCAACCAGUGGAGCGGCUCCAGCAUUAGCCUCUUAUUCACGGCGUAAUAGGGUCCAUGAGGAGUCUUCAGAUGACGAACUGGAGUUCGGGUUGGAGUUGAAUCAAGGGGAUGUGCAUGAUGAUGAAGAUGUUGAGGAUGAUUUUGGUAUACAAAGUAAUGUUGUGGGCAAUGAACAGGAGGAAGAAGAUGAUUUGAAUAUACUUAAUUGGGAGUAA